UGGCUCUUUUCGUUGAACAAGUGUAAGGUCAUCAAUUUUAACAAGUAAUGUUUUUUCAUCUGAACACUUGUAGGUAUAAUAAAGCUGUGUGGUGGUUUGAGAAGACUUUGGCGCACAUCCCAUCUUCUCUAAUUGAAAUGUGGGAACCGACUGUUGUGAAUCUUGCUCAUGCUUACAGAAAGUUGAAAAUGUAUCACGAGGCAAUUUCCUGUUAUGAGAGAGAACUGAAGUUGUCAAAUAGAAGCUUGAGCACCUAUGCAGGUCUUGCUUACACUUACCAUUUGCAGGAUAAUUUUUCUGCUGCCAUUACAUAUUAUCAUAAGGCUUUAUGCCUGAAGCCAGAUGAUCAGUUUUGCACAGAGAUGUUAAAUUUGUCUCUCGUACAUGAAGGUCGUCAUGGCAUUGACCCCAAAAUUGAAUUUCACUGAACCGAGGUCCAUAUUUAAUGAUUUUGAUAAUAUUAUUUUCCAUCU